AUGGAUAAUAAAAAAAGAAACCAAUUAGAUUGUGAUAAUAAUAAUAAUGAAAAUAAUAAUAAUGAAAAUAAUAAUAAUGAAAUAACAUAUGAAACAUUUAAAAAAGAAUUUAAAAAUGAGAAUAGAUCAGACUAUAGAAAACUGAGAGCACUAUCAAAGGAAUUGAAUUUAGGUUCCAGUGGGGGUAAAAAAGUAAUUUAUAAUAGAUUAGAAAGCUAUUUAAAAGCUAAAAAAGAUUUAUUAGACGAGAACCAAUUCAAGAGUAAUAUAAACCCAUUCAAUAAGAAACUACCACGUUUAGAAAUCACUAAUUGUGAUGAAAAAAACACAAUCAACAAUGGAGAACUUGCAUUCUGGAAUGUAUUUAGAAAUAAAACAAUAUUCAAAUUAAUUUUUUCAAACUUCAAAUUCAGCCAACUGUUUAACUAUGAUAGUUUAGUAGGUACCAAAUAUAUAUUCAAUAACUUUAGUAAUGCAAGAGAAAUUAUCAAAGAUAAACUCAAGAGUAAAAGUUAUUUUAUUAGAAACAAUGUGGAGGCAGCAUUAAUUAUAGGAAAACUUAAAAAAGAAAAUAGAGAAUUUUAUAUACACUUUUUUUCAACAUAUCCAUUAUACUGUAAAAAUAUCGAUGAUUUUAGGGAUCCUCGAAUAUGGCUACGACAUAUAAUUGAAUGUGGUAAUAUCCCAGCAUUUCAUGCAUACACAUCACUAUUCAAACAAAACCAGAGAUCAAUUACAACAAUAUUCAGAGAAAAAAAUGAAAAAGAUCUAGAUUUGGCUAAAGUUUACAGAAUGCAAGUUUAUUUAGAGACAAUCGGAAUCAAAUUAAACAAUGUAUCGCUUUAUGAUACCAUUCAAACAUUCGAAUAUACAAAGGGAUUCAAAAGCUUAAUAAAACUAUUCAAUACAGUAAUUCAAAAACAUACACCAACCGAAAAACAAAACCUAAUAAUACAUCAACUAAAUGGUCCAAUAGAUUUAAAUCAGUUUAACAAAACACAAUUAAAUUUAAGUAUUGAAGAUAUAUCACUACAAAAUAUCCAAGUUUUAAAACAAAAAAUACACAAAAUAUUAAAAUUCCUAUAUUCAAUAAGUAAAUCAAAUCAUAGCGAUCAAAAAAACCCAUUUUAUAAACCAAUACAAUACUAUUUAUUUUUUAAAGAACAAUCAAAAGCAAAACUAAUCAACAAUAAAAGAAUAAACAACAUACCAAACAAUAAACUAAAUACCUCAAACCAUUUUUAUUUGGAAACCUCUGUUUUUAAUAAAUUAACUUUAUAUUUCCAAAAUACCGAUUCGUGCAUAGAUUUUCAAAAGCAAAUUAUUGACUUUGAACUCGCCCAAACAGAAACAAUAGGGGCAGUAAAUCAAAAGUUGAUAAAUCUUCAAAGAUCUUUAAUUUCCACAGGUAACAUGGUUCUUAUCGAUUAUCUAUUUAGCAAAAACAACUUUGAAUGUUUCGAAUCACACUCUAUCAAAGAAACAUUACCUAUAAUUAAAAAAGAAGAAGUUUUCAAUUACUUUUAUGAAAGAAUAGAAUUAAUCAAUAUGGACAACAACCCAUUAUGGCCAUAUGUCAGCAAAAAAUCAAUAGAGAAAUAUGAAAAUCUAAUGAAAGGUGCAUCAAAAAAGUUUAUAUUUCCAUUAAAUGCACACUAUUCCACAAAUUUAAAAUUAAAAAACGUUUUAAGAGCGCUGAAUAACCCAUCACUUUAUAAAGUUGAAACCAUUGCUAAAUAUAUUAUUGAUUUAUAUUCAUAUUUAGGAUUUCAUUCAGGUGAACAAGAGUUACAUAUAUCAAUUUUAGAAAAGCUUUUCUCAUAUUCAAAUCAAACCACUCUUAUUCUUUCUUUUGACAUUGCUCAGCAACAUUCAGCUCAAAAAACUUAUAAAUUCUUUCACUGGCUAUUCAAAGAUCUAUCAGAUCAAGAUAUCAUCGAUUCAGCCGAAAAAAUUUCAAUAUUAAUUAAAAAAUCAUGUGUCAAUCCAUCAAAUAAUCAAAUUUAUGAAAUUCAAUUAUCUAUCCAAAAUUGGCAAAUUUUUUUAUUGAAAUGUGGACGUUUUGAUGCUUAUUUUAAAGUAUUUAAUUCAAAAGCCUAUAACAUUCUCUUAAGAUAUGAAGACAUCGCCAAUUGUCCAUUAAUGUUACUGGAUCAUUUUUUAGGAUCAGACAAUACAGAAAAUAACAAUUUUAUAACAACAUUAUUAAAAAGAUCAGCAAAAAAAGGUAUGAUAUCAGUAUUCAAAGCCAUUCUCAUUAAAAAACCUACAUUAUUAAAAAUUAACCAUACAUCAAUCUGUAACAUUGAUGAUUUAAAAGAAAUAGUCACUAUAUCAAUAGAGAAUGGUAAUGCAGAAUUAACACAUUUUUUAUUACAACACAUUAAUUUUUCAAAAAAAGAUUUAGAUUCAUUCAAAGAUAGAGAAAUAACAAAAAUGUAA